CUCGAGCGCAGGGAGGGAGGGAGUGAGUGUGUGUAUGUGUGUGUGUGAGUGAGAGAGAGAGAGAGCGAGCGAGAGGGCGAACAGGGAGGAAGGCUGCAGCGUAAAGGACUAACAUGAGCGUGUAGCUCAAAUGCUUUUGCCUUCUCAAAUCAACAAAGAAGCGAAGCAGCUGAAUAUCUCGGCGAGCGGAUGGCAAUAGUCUCCGAGCGGUUCGUCAGCAGACUGGGAGAAGGAGGAAUCCCAAACGCCUCUCCCAAUCAACGCCUAUUGGAAAACGAAUAGUACAAGACAAGCCCCGCUGAAGACCAUCACAUUUGGGAUAUUUUACUCUGUGUUAUUGCCGAUAUUUUGCCUCUUGGACUCGCACCUCUACUCAGCGCUAUUCCAGACGUAGGGAAUUCGCUUGUUUACGUAUGCUUCCCAUUACGAGGAAAGACGGAUCGUAAAUAAAAACAGGAGCCUCUGGUUUUGCAUAUCGCGUUUUUGCAUCCUAUUUGAUUGUUCCUCUUAAAUGAGAGAAUCAGGUUGAUCCGACUAGUGGUUUGGGGGAUUAAAUCAUCACAGCGUCCAUCUAUACGUGCAUGUAUACAGAUGACGUGAUGACAUCCACGGGUAUAGCGACCCCCUGAAUCAAAACCUGUUUUUGAAACCGUCUGUUCUUGCAGAGAAGCCAGCUGCAUCUCACGUGAGCGUCAUCAUGGUGGUUUUUAAUGGAGUGUUGAAGAUCAAGGUUUGCGAAGCUUUGGACCUGAAACCUACCGCAUGGUCGCUCCGGCAUGCCGUGGGACCAAAGACCCAGACCUUCCUCUUGGACACGUAUAUCGCCCUCAACGUGGACGAUUCCCGUGUGGGCCAAACUUCUACCAAGCAGAAGACGAAUAGUCCAACUUGGAACGAUGAGUUCGUAACAGAGGUUUAUGAUGGGAAGAAAAUCGAACUGUCUGUCUUUCACGACUCGCCGAUUGGCUAUGAUGACUUUGUGGCCAACUGUACUAUACAGUUUGAAGACCUGCUGCAGAAUGGCAGCAUGCACUUUGAAGAUUGGAUCGACUUGGAGCCCGAGGGCAAAGUGUACGUCAUCAUCGAUCUGACAGGAUCCUCCAGUGAAGCUGCAUCAUCCAAUGAAAAUGAGGAGAGAGUGUUCCGUGAGCGGAUGCGUCCACGCAAACGUCAGGGAGCUGUCCGAAGGCGCGUCCAUCAGGUCAACGGUCACAAGUUCAUGGCCACCUACCUGAGACAGCCCACCUACUGCUCCCACUGCAGAGAUUUCAUCUGGGGUGUAUUGGGAAAACAGGGGUAUCAGUGUCAGGUGUGUACCUGCGUGGUCCAUAAGAGAUGCCAUGAGCUCAUUAUAACAAAAUGUGCUGGCUUGAAGAAACAGGAAGACACUCCUGAAGAGGUUGGCUCCCAGCGCUUCAGUGUAAACAUUCCACACAUGUUCAGCAUUCAUAAUUACAAAGUCCCCACCUUCUGCGACCACUGCGGCUCCUUACUUUGGGGACUGAUGCGGCAAGGCCUGCAGUGCAAAGCCUGUAAAAUGAAUGUCCAUCGGCGCUGUGAAAGUAAUGUAGCUCCUAGCUGUGGUGUCGAUGCCAGAAAAAUUGCUAAAGUGCUUUCUGAUCUCGGGGUGACGCCAGAUAAGAUCUCCAACACUACCCAGCGCAGGAAAAAGUUGACUCCAGGGCAGGACCCUCAGCAACCCACAACAGAAGCCCCCACAUCAGAGGAAUCUGACCGAUGCAAAUCAGCUCCAACUUCACCUUGCGACCAGGCGGAGCUUGCAGAACUGGAGAGUAUCCGCAAGGCCCUUUCAUUCGGCCAGGAGCACAAGUUUUCCUCCUCUUCCGCAAGCAGCGGCGUUCAGAGCACAGCGACCGAGGGCCGGGAGAAUGGAGAUGUGAUGACUGUCCAGACCAAGAGAAUGAGUCUCACCGACUUCUCAUUCAUCAAAGUGCUGGGCAAAGGCAGCUUUGGCAAGGUGAUGCUGGCGGAGCUGAAAGACACAGAUGAAGUUUACGCUGUGAAAGUAUUGAAGAAAGACGUCAUCCUUCAAGAUGAUGAUGUGGACUGCACUUUGACAGAGAAACGCAUUCUAGCCCUGGCUAGAAAACAUCCCUAUCUAACCCAGCUAUUCUGCUGCUUCCAGACAAAGGUAAAACAGUCACUAUACCAAGAUCCGAUUUCUCGCUCAAGUCACAAAAAAUUUCAAAUAUGGUCUAAUUGUUUUUUUUUUCCCUGUCACUGCAGAGAUCUGAAGCUGGAUAACAUUCUGUUGGACGCUGAAGGCCACUGUAAACUGGCCGACUUUGGCAUGUGCAAAGAGGGCAUUCUGAAUGGGGUCACGACCACCACCUUCUGCGGGACCCCUGACUACAUUGCACCUGAAAUCCUGCAGGAGUUGGAGUACGGCCCGUCGGUGGAUUGGUGGGCUCUGGGCGUUCUCAUGUAUGAAAUGAUGGCCGGUCAGCCUCCGUUUGAAGCUGACAAUGAGGACGAUCUUUUUGAGUCCAUUCUCCACGAUGACGUGCUUUAUCCCGUGUGGCUCAGUAAAGAAGCCGUCAGCAUUCUGAAAGCUUUCAUGACAAAGAGCCCCAGUAAGCGUCUGGGCUGUGUGGUGACCCAGGGACUAGAGGAAGCCAUCAAAGUCCACCCUUUCUUCAGAGAGAUCGACUGGGUCUUGCUGGAGCAGAGGAAGAUCAAGCCCCCCUUUAAACCUCGCAUUAAAACCAAGCGCGAUGUGAAUAACUUCGACCAGGACUUCACUCGCGAGGACCCCGUGCUGACGCCAGUAGACGAAGCCAUCAUCAAACAAAUCAACCAGGAUGAAUUCAAGGGCUUCUCCUACUUCGGAGAGGAGGCUUUGUCUUAAAGUCUAACUUGGUGUCUGUCAGCUCAAAUAUAUGUUAAACACACCCACAAACACUCAAAAACCCACAUCGCAUCGCAAUACAUGAACACACCCCACAAAUGUUCUGAAGACGGGCCUCAGACCUGACCAGAGCAGAACGGCCAGUCCCUGUGGUUCAAUUCCUCUUUACUGCUGUUUUUGUUCUUUUAUUCUUCUCUAAAUCUCCAAAAAGAGAAAAACAAAACUGUACUACACAUGGAUCUCAUCACAGGCCUCAACGAGUUUGACAACCAAUCAGAAAACGAAUGUUCUCCAGAGCCCAAGGAAGGAAGGCACUACCUUAAACCAAAAUUGACGGUAAAAAUUAUUGUACUACAAUUUCGGGCACCGGUCGGGUCUUCGUAAUCCCUCGAUGGAAAGGUCUUGCCCUUGAGGAGGAAUUUACCCUGCAUAAAUGACAAUUGAAAAAUGUUGUGCUGUGCAGUCAAAUGCCUUUUUGCGUAUUCAGGUGACAUUUUAGGAGCAAUUUUAUAAAAUAUUCAAAGACAUUUGUAGUAUAUAUAUAUAUAUUCCAUCAGUGUUAUAAAGGUCCAUUUGGAAUGAUGACCUGCUGUAAAUGGGUUGUGUUACGAAGUGUCGGCCUGAGUAGGUGUGUGCAUGACAUGUAUGUGUCCGUGUGCAUGUGUUUGCAUGAAUGAGAGCGAGAGGCCCUUGCCCUCCUGAAGCUCUACGGUUGUUUUCAUGUUGUUUUGCAAUGGCUUUUCAUUUGCACUCGACUGUGCAAAGACAACAGUGUGUGUGUGUGUGUGCCGUGUCCCGCCGCUAUGCAUACGAAGGUAUAGUCGUGGGCAGACAGACCAGUACCCAUAGCUGCCCAUUCGAUUUGUACAGAACGUAACAUGUACAUAGUAUUCACUCCAAAAGCCUGUGAAAGCUUCUUAGAGUAGGCAGUUGUUUGCAUGGUCUUGCAAAUUGUGUCGUUAUUGAGUAGCAUCGGUUUAUGGAAAGAAAACCAUGUUUUUGAUAUCUAUGUGCAAUACCCUGAACACAUUUCCCCUAGUUCUUUUCUUUAUUUUCAAAUGUUUCUGUUUCGGUUUCUCUCUUGUGCUGAUUUUCUCGUGUUGCAUAGGUUAGAGCUUCACCAAAGGCUUUCUCGCUCUCUCUCUCUCUCAUGCUUCUCUCUGCCGUUCUCAUGUACAUAGUUUGCUGAAGUACAUAAGCUGUGGAAUGUAGUGGAAAAAUGUGUGAGCUCUUAAUUUAUUCAAUAUACAUGUAGCUACGCUUCCCUUUUUGUGUCAAUAAGUCAUUUGUUUCCUUUGCGUCUUUUUGUGUUACUUGAUUUCAGACAAUUGUUACACACCUCCGUAUAUCUUUCAAACUAUUCAGUCUUGUUUUAAAUUUUGUGAACCCCCUGUAGUUGAAUUAUUUACUUGUGCAAUGUGAAAGACUCUAAAGGAGAGGUGAACGAAACGAAAAAAGGGUACAUUUCAGGCGUACUAAUUAAAACCUUCUGGAAUGUGAUGACAUUUGCUUUAGCAAUUCAAUGGCGAUUUGAAUAAGAUGUGUUUUAUUGUUCUUUUAAAAGUGGUUGCUGACCUUUUAUUUUUGUCUGAAGUUUCUUUUUGUUUCGUUGCUUUUUUUAAACGUGUCUGUGGGUUGAUCACGGUAGCUAAGUCAAUGUUGCCGAUUGUCUUUGAAGCCUUUUCUCUCACAGGCACUUU